GCAAGCUUACUCGGAAUGCAUCCGGAAUACGAACCGUAUAUGAUUCUGUUGCGACUGCUAAUCCUUGGCUGUGGCUGGGCUGUGCCGGCUUACGGCUAUCUGCCCGAUGUCAACAUAUUCACCAACUAUCGCACGGAGGUCUAUAACGGCAUUCCAUCGGACAUUGACACAACGCCGUUUGUACGGAUCGGAGAUAACUACUACUACAUUGAGCCAAUGAAUAAGGUGAAUUGGUUUCAGGCGGCGGCCACAUGCCGCACGAUGAACGCCCAUUUGGCCUCCAUUGAGGACAAGCCGGAAAUGGAGGCACUGGUCAAGUAUAUGAGGGCCAAGGGCUUCAAGAGUAACGACUAUUUUUGGAUAUCCGGCAAUGAUCUGGGCACCGAGGGUGCCUUCUAUUGGUCAUCCACCGGUCGUCCGCUGACCUACGCCCCUUGGAACGGAGCCAAGCAGAUGCCAGAUAAUUACGGUGGCAAUGAGAAUUGUGUGCACAUGUUCGCCACCAGGGAUCUGAUCAACGAUGCCAACUGUAAGAUUCUCAUGCAAUUCGUGUGCGAGGCCAGCGAUCCCAAGACCUUUAAGUUCACCUACAUUAAGUGGUAAUAAUAACUAUAUAGAAAUAAGUUGUUUUUUUUUGUUUUUUGGUUUUUGCGUGCAGGAAACACGGCAUUUUUAUUGAACCUGCUUCUGCUUCGGCUUCAUUCGUCGAUCAUCAUCAUUUCAUAAUGAUGAUAAGUUAAUUAAUUAUCGUCUUACGCAUUAAUUUGCUAAGUUGCAUUACACAUCAAUUUUAGAUUUUUAAAUGUACGUUAUGCAAUAUACUAAAUUGUUUGCGAAUUCGCCUUACAUUUUAUAUAGCUAUGAAAUUGUAUUUGCCAUAUAUGCAUGUAUAUGAUAUCAUCAUAGCAUACCAUCUCUCACAUAUAUAUAUGUAUGUAUUAUAUUCGCGUUCGAUCGGCUUCUUUAUAUCGUUGUUAUUAUUCCAGUACAAUAAACAACAAUCGCUUUAGCCAAUUUA